AUGUCAUGGCAAGGGCGAAGGGGAAAAGGAAAAGAGGCGUUUACGGUUAGAUGUCGGUUAGAUCGUGCUCUAGCAAACGAAGAGUGGCAUACUCUAUUUCCCUGCUCUUAUACGGAAUAUUUAGGGAUGGUGGCGUCAGAUCACAGGCCAGUUGUAGCGUUUCUGGAGGAUAAAGUUACCCGGAGGAAGGGGCAAUUUCGUUUUGAUAAGAGAUGGGUUGGACAAGAGGGUCUAAUGGAAUCUAUUUCAGUGGGAUGGUCUGAUAAUAGUGUGGAACAAGAGGAUGAUAUAGUGGCAAAAAUUAGCAAUUGUCGGCAUGAAAUUGCAAAAUGGCGGAAAAAUAAUCCACCUUAUGGAAAGGAAAAAAUUAAUGAGCUACAGAAAGCACUCGAAGAAGUCCAAUCAGAUAAUUCAAGAUCGCAAGAGGAUAUAGUGGAGGUGUCUAGGAAAUUACAGGAGGCAUAUAAGGAUGAAGAAGAGUAUUGGCAUCAAAAAAGUAGGAAUAUGUGGUAUUCUUCGGGGGACCUUAACACAAAAUUUUAUCAUGCCUUAACUAAGCAAAGGAGAGUUCGUAAUAGGAUCGUUGGAUUGCAUGAUGCUAUGGGGAAUUGGAUCACAGAGGAUAAUAAGGUGGAAAGAGUGGCCGUAGACUAUUUCCAAGAUUUAUUCAGCACCACUUCACCUUCAGAUUUUGAAAGUUUUCUCGCGGAAGUAACGAUGGGGAUCACUCCUCAGAUGAAUCAACGAUUGCUGAGGCUAGCAACUGAGAAUGAGGUUAAAGAGGCUAUGUUUAUGAUGCAUCCAGAGAAGGCACCGGGGCCGGAUGAAACUCAAUCGGCUUUUGUGGCUGGCCGUUUGAUAACUGAUAAUAUUCUUAUAGCCCAGGAGAUGUUUCAUGGGUUAAGGACUAAUAAGGCAUGUCAAGGAAAGUAUAUGGCUAUUAAAACGGAUAUGAGUAAAGCAUAUGAUCGAAUAGAAUGGGAUUUUAUCCAGGCUUUACUCGAAAAGAUGGGCUUUGAUCUUCACUGGAUUAAGUUAAUGAUGGAAUGUAUAUCAUCGGUUCAAUACCGAGUGUUUCUGAAUGGCCAACCCCGUGGUCUCAUUAUUCCACAGCGGGGAUUAAGACAAGGAGAUCAUUUAUCCCCUUAUCUGUUUAUAUUGUGUACUGAGGCAUUGAUUGCAAAUAUUAAAAAGGCGGAGCGUGAGAAACAACUGACAGGCAUGAAGGUAGCCAGAGCAUGUCCAUCAAUCUCUCAUCUGCUUUUUGCGGAUGAUAGUCUUUUCUUUUGUAAGGCACAUAGAGAAGAAUGUCAAUCUAUUCUCCGAAUUCUGAAAGAAUAUGAGAUGGUAUCCGACCAACUCAUUAAUUUUGAUAAGUCUUCGAUCCAAUUUGGACAUAAGAUUGAGGAAUCACUUAGACAAGAUUUAAGGGAUAUAUUGGGGAUUCAGAAUGUUGGAGGAAUGGGCAUUUAUUUAGGAUUACCAGAGAAUCUUGGGGGUUCAAAGAUUCAGGUUUUCAGCUUUGUGCAAAAUAGACUUAACAAAAGGGUUAACGGGUGGACUUUCAAAUUUUUCACAAAGGGUGGAAAAGAGGUGAUUAUCAAAUCAGUAGUUACGGCUCUGUCAAACCACAUGAUGUCUUGUUAUAGAUUACCAAAGGCAAACGCGAAGAAAUUGACAAAUGCAGUAGCGCAAUUCUGGUGGAGCCCAGGUGGAGGUACAAGAGGAAUGCAUUGGAAAUCAUGGGAUAAGGCAAUUCGGACUUUAGUGGACCCACAAGAUGUGAAAAUUAUAGAAAGUAUACCUUUGAGUCGAACUCAGAGAGUUGACAGAGAGGGUUGGCAUUUCACAAACAAUGGGAAAUAUACGGUCAAAUCAGGGUAUCAGGUGGAGCGGGUUUAUCCAGAUAGGGAACGACCUCCGGUGAUAUUUGGACCUUCAGUUGAUGCCUUAAAGGCGUUUUGUUGGAAAGCACAUUGUCCACCAAAGAUCAAACAUUUUCUAUGGCAAUUAAUUACAGGAUGUGUAGCAGUUAAGAAGAACUUGAAAGCGAGAGGGAUGAACGGUGAUAUAUGUUGUGCAAGAUGUGGAGCUGAUGAGGAAUCAAUUAACCACGUGUUUUUUGAAUGUCUUCCAGAACGUCAGAGGAUCACCAGUUUGCUUGGAUUCUUUGGUAUAUCUGGAAAGGAAGAGAUAGCAAAGUUUUUAGCAAUCUUGAUAUGGAUCCCAGAGAUACGCUUAAAGUGGCAGAAACAGAAUCCACACUAUGGUCCGAAGCGCAGAUAG